AUGAGCUCGCUGUUGGAUUUAGUAGAAUCACAUCGAGUUAUAGAAUCUUUACGGUUGGAAAACACCCCCAAGAUCACCAAACCCAACCACCAGCCCAUCCCCACGGUGCCGUUAAGCCGUGUCCCCAAGUGCCACAUCUCCACGUCGUGUGCGCCGCGGGGCGGGCGCUGUGUGCUCGGUGCGAGGUGUGCGGCGGGGCCGGGGCGGAGCGGGCAGCCGGGCAGCGGAGCGGAGCGGAGGCGGCAGCGGAGCGUGGCAGGUAGGAUCCUGCCGGCGGGAACGGAGCUCCCGAAUUCCCGGGUGCCUCCCGUGCGAGCAGCCCGUCGGGGCCAAGCGACCGGGAGCGGGGUGGGCGGCGAGGGGAGGGAGCGGCUCCCGGUGCAGACCAGCAGCCCCAGACCCGACCGUGCCCGCUGCAGGAGCCCCGGGGAGAACCCGGCUGCCCGCCCCGGCUCGGUGCCUGCCGGAUGCUUUGGAGCGGCUGCGGUUCCCAGGUUGAGCACCGAGUUUGUCCCCCGGCAGAACAAACGAGGAUCUGGCCGUGCCGUCCCGAGUCCCCGCCGGAACGCGCUGCCGCCCCACCGACGAGCUGAGAGCAGAGCUGUCUGUGUCCUGCCAGCCAACAGAUGCAUCAGCCAACCUUACAGGCCAAGAAGCACUUCUCCAGUCUCUCACCUCUCUCCCUGUGUUGCCACAGGCUCCAGCACCUCACCACGGCACAGAACGAUGGAGCACGAGGACUUCACCAGCUUGGCUGGGUACUGGAAUUCCUCUGACAGUUACCAGUUCAGCCCUGCUAGUGUCAUUGUCCCUGUGGUCUUCUCCCUCAUCUUCCUCCUGGGCACAGUUGGCAACAGCCUGGUGCUGGCAGUGCUGCUGCGCAAUAGGCAAAUGGGCCACAACACUACCAACCUCUUCAUCCUCAACCUCAGCCUGGCUGACUUCUUCUUCAUUGUCUUCUGCGUGCCUUUCCAGGCCACCAUCUACUCCCUUGAGGGCUGGGUCUUCGGCUCCUUCAUCUGCAAGGCUGUCCACUUUUUCAUCUACCUCACCAUGUACGCCAGCAGCUUCACACUGGCUGCCGUCUCUGUGGACAGGUACCUGGCCAUCCGCUAUCCGCUGCGCUCCCGGGAGCUGCGAACCCCCUACAAUGCGGUGGCUGCCAUGGCUGUGAUCUGGGGUCUCUCUGUGGUCUUUGCUGGGCCCUACCUGAGCUACUAUGACCUGAUUGAGUGGGAGUCCAGCUACAUCUGCAUGCCUGGCUGGGAGGAGUGGAGACGCAAGGUCAUGGACACCAGCACGUUUGCCUUUGGCUAUGUCAUCCCAGUUCUGGUCAUCAGCCUCUCCUACACCAGGACCAUCAAGUACCUGUGGACAGCAGUGGAACCCUUGGAGGACAUGUCAGAGUCCAAGAAGGCCAAGCGGAAGGUAACUAAAAUGAUCAUCAUCGUAACCAUCCUUUUUUGCCUGUGCUGGCUACCCUACCACGUAGUCAUCCUCCGAUACCUCUAUGGAGAUUUCCCUUUCAACCAGGCCACCUACGCCUUCCGUCUGCUUUCCCACUGCAUGGCCUAUGCCAACUCCUGCCUCAACCCCAUCGUCUAUGCCCUGGUAUCCAAGCAUUUCCGUAAGGGCUUCAAAAAAGUCUUCAGCUGUCUCCUGAGGAAAAAGCACCGCAACAAGGUGCAUGUGUUACACGCUGCUCACAUUGUGCCUGGCUUUGAGGCAGGCUCCACUGAAGUGUCCCAGGUGCAUGAAGAAAAUAACAGGUGUGAGCUGAACCCAGACUCCCUGGCAGUCCCCUCUGGUUCUUCCAAGCAUCUUCACCUUUCUUAG